AUGGACCAACUCAACAAAAAUUCAUCACUCAUCUUAGCUUCAAAUAACCCGAAGAAGCCAGCUGGCAGGAAGAAGUUUCGCGAAACUCGACAUCCAGUAUACAGAGGAGUCAGGAUGAGGAAUUCUGGAAAAUGGGUUUGUGAAGUCAGAGAACCAAAUAAGAAAUCAAGGAUUUGGCUUGGUACUUUUCCUACUGCUGAAAUGGCGGCUAGAGCUCAUGACGUGGCAGCUUUAGCAUUAAGAGGCCGUUCUGCUUGCUUGAAUUUCGCUGAUUCUGCUUGGAGGUUGCCUAUCCCUGCUUCCUCCAACUCUAAGGAUGUUCAAAAGGCGGCCGCUGAGGCCGCCGAAAUCUUCCGACCAUCAGAAGAGUCGGAAAGAGUUUCAAGUUCUGAAAUGCAUGAGAGUAUAUUUUUUAUGAACGAUGAAGGACGAGAGAGUAGUUUCUUCAUGGAUGAGGAAGCGUUGUUCGACAUGCCGGGAUUAAUUGCGAAUAUGGCGGAAGGACUAAUGCUACCUCCACCGCAAUGUGCAGAAGUAGAAGAUCAUUAUUAUAUGGAAGCUGAUGAUGCUUACAUGCCUUUAUGGAAUUAUUAG